AUGGGCGGCGAACGGGUUGACCUCAGCCAUGAGGAAGUAUGGGAUGACUCUUCACUCAUAGACUCUUGGAACGAGGCUUUGGCAGAGUACAAGGUACGAGCUGUUCUCUUCACCACACAUGCAAGGCGCAAAGAAUCACUAGUUGACAGUCGAUUUCGUCAGAAAUACCACAGCAUCCACGCCAAAGGCGGAAGCAUCAGAGAUCUAGAGUCAAAAAUCGCCACCCACGAUAAAGAAGUUGAAUCAAACAAACAAGCCAACAGUUCCGAAGCUGUCUCCGCCGGCAACGAAGAUCCGGACGGCAAUAUCUCGUCGUCGGAGCAUGGCCAGCCGUUGCAGAAGGAUGGAGCUGCGCCUGCUCCGGUUGCACCACCGCCGCAAGCUCUUCUUGGCUCAAUACGCGACGACAAUCUUAAGAAACUCCUCAUGUCCUGGUAUUACGCCGGUUAUUACACUGGGCUUUUCGAAGGACAGCAGGCGCAAAAGCCACAGUCUUGA